UUCUUUCCUCUUUCUCUCUUUCUUUUUUCUCUUUAGAGAAAAUUCUGAAGUCUCAUUGACUCUUUCUCGCUCUAUGCACAAAGCCUUUUGGGUUUUUCGAGUUUUAUUUUCUAUUCGUUUCUCAACUGGGGCCACAACAACAACAGCUCGGCGGCUCCUCCACCGGUGAACUCUUUGAUUGGUAUACUAACCUCUUGCGUGUAUGGCUGCGUGUGUGGUUUAUCCAAGUGGCAGAUACUUCGUCGUCAUCAUAUUAUAACGCAGUUUGAUUGGUGACUGGGCAGCGUCGGUGAGGCUAGCGCAUACACCGGCAGUGUCGCUCAGAAUUCCGAGCUCUGGAUCGAGCGCGUGUGUGUGUGUGUGUGCUGUAACCACCCACCCGAGUUGACUAGUGUUUUUCUUUCGAGGAAGACGACUAGUUCCUGGUCGUUGGUGUCGACACCGUUUGUCCGUUUACAGUUGCCGUGUUUGUGCUCUCGAGUGUUCUCUUCGAUUACUGGCGUCUUUUCUUUUCUUUCUUUUGGACUACGUGCGCCACUUCUAGCAGUUCGAUCGCCACCGAUCGAUAUCGAUCUUCACCAUCUUUGUCUUUUUGCUCCCCUGCUUUUCUUUUUUCUCCUUGUUGCCCUGUUUUUUUUUUCUUUCUUUCUUUUAUUUAUCUAUUUUUGUUUUUGUUGGGUUCUUUUUUUUUUCUUUUAACCCUUUUUCUUUUCUGUCCUUUUCGCGAAUUUUCUUUUAUUUCGUGACGACGGCCAACCAAACAGCGAACACAUCUGUGUCUGCGUGUGUGGGUGUGUGAGUGUGUACCGUGUAAUUCCCGUUCCUUCAGUCUCGUCCCUCUUCUGUUGCGGGUUUGUGAGUGUUCCCUGUACUCUAUCGACAACACGCGUUGGUGGGCAGACCAACAGUGAAUAGCAGCAAUCUAACCGAAUCCAUUUUUCUUAACGGAUAUUUAAAAAAAGGCAACCUUGUUCAACGAAAAAGAAAAAAAAUAAAAAAAAGAAGAAGAACUAAAGUAAAUAAUAAAAAAGGAAACAAAUAAACGAGUAAAACAAGAAGCCCAAAGACGGGCCCACAAACAGUCAGCCCACGGACCAAAAGUGAGAGACGAGGAGAAAAAUACCGGUCACGUUCGUGGAGACGAACGUUGGCCCAUUUCGAUCAGAGGAUGCCUUUCGGUGAAGUCAUGUAUCGCUGCAACGCGCAUUAUUGUUUCAGCAGCGUGUUCCGCAAUCGCGUCGUCGGACUGGUCGUCACGCUGGCGCUCAUGCAACUCUUUCUCUUCUCCUUCUACCUCAACGGCCUGCACAGUCAAGUGGUCGUCACGACCAAUACGGGUAGCAGCAGCAACAGUCCCGUUUCGUCAUCGGAGCAACAGGAUGGACAUUAUCAGCCGUUAGAAUUGGCUGCUGUCGUCCAACAGGCUGUUGGCCCGCGACACGCAGACAACCCUACAGUAGUAGUGGCAGGCGCCGGGAGCGCGGCUACGGUCGUGGGGGCUGACUUUAACCUUGGCCAACGGUCAGCGCCAGUAGGUCAAGAGGUGGAUCGGCCAGACGAAGAAUUCCUCAAUCCGUCCAUCAGCAAAGCCAAGGCCGCCAUGGGAGACGUUGCUAAGAAAGCUCUUGAUCACCUGAUGACGAACAAAAAACCAGCCAUGGAUUUAAUGGCCAUGGCUGCCAAGAAGCUAUCAGCCGACCCUAACGACCCAACGAUGGCGAAACUUGGUCUUAAUCUGUUGGCUAAUGCUUUUAACAACAUGAAAAACCAACGGGGACCAGCCCAGCUAAAGCCACAACAACAGCAACAGCAGCCAACGAAUGAAGUGACGGGUCGCCAGCAACAAGCUGUCGCCAACAGUAAUGAGCCAGCCUCGUCAUCAGCCGUUAACGAUGUCGAGGAUCAAUCCAAAUCCCAAUACGCCAAUCUAGCGCAAAUGGGAUUACAAAUGCUAACCAACGGUCUGGCCGAUCCUUCGUCGAUUGCAGCUAAUAAGGGAUCCAGUCCGGACAUGCGCAUGCUGGAAAUGGCUUCUCAAUUGAUGUGGCAGAGCGCCAAACUAUCGAAAGCCGGAUUCGACCCUCAAAUGGCCAAAUCGGCCUUGGGUUUGCUUAAAGGCGCUGUGGCUAGUCAAAAACUCGAUCCCAAGCUCAUUCUCGGCCUGGCUACCAAGAUGAUGACAAUGCAACAACAACUGCAACAGCAACAACAACCAUCGUCUGUUUCCGGCGAAACUAAUGGCGGUGGCUUCAACUUGUUGAGCCAAUUGUUGUCCAACGGCCAGCUGGCGUCGGCGCUGCUCAACGCCGGAGCUGCUGCCGCUCAGCCGGCAGUUUCGGCCGACCAAUCCAAUGCGAUUUAUCGCAAUUAUGUCAAGGUGACCAGCAGAAAAUUGCCGACGCUCAAAUCGAAGAUGUCGUCACCUUAUUCCAUCCCGUCUGGCAAAGUUGUCGUCGACAUUGGAUUUCAGUUCACGAUGGAAGCGGUGGACACGUGCCGCUCCAACGCCACCUACCUGAUUAUGGCCAUUUCAUCGGCUGCGCACACUGAAGAACGACAGGCGGCUCGCGACACGUGGAUCAAAGAUUUGCAUCAGCUGGUCGGCGGCAAAGUCGACGUUGUUUUCAUAAUUGGCCAAACGGCGAACGUCACUCUGCAUCGGGCCAUCGAAGAGGAGGCAACCACCCACCGGGACUUGAUCCAGACCAACGUGCAAGAGCCAAUAGAGAAUGGCGUUUUCAAAACUUUGGCCGGGCUCGUCUGGAUCGACCGCCACUGUCCGGAAAUUGAGCAAAUCCUCAAGAUCGAUGAUGACGUCUACGUCAGCGCAGCAACAAUGCUCAAGGCGAUGGAGAAGGGCAAAGCGAGGCCCACCAUUACCGGUAGCUUGAUCGACAGCAUGAAUCCACACACGACAUCAGACGAGAGACAUAAAACGACGAAAAAAGCGUGGCCACUCAAAGAGUUCCCUCGUUUCGUUCUUGGUGGAGCUUACCUGAUGGGCAGGCCAGCAGUGCCUCGUUUAUUGGCCGCCGCUCAGGACCCUGUUCUACCACUCGAAGAUGUCUACGUGACCGGGUUGUGCGCCGUCGGUGGCAAAGUGGAGCUUAUUCCAAAAAAAAGCCUGUUUGAAGAAGAAAUUAGCGAAGAAUUGGAGACUUGUACCUUUGAAGAUUUCGCUUCGUGGCGCUCGACUGGGGCCGCUGACGUUAAACAGACGUGGAAUUUUGCUCAAGCGAUGAAGAGAAGCGGCGAAAUUUGCAUCACGACCAACAAGUGCGCCCGAACGUUCAUGGGCAUUUGCAUCCCAUCCUCGUCCUAAUUCGCUCUCUACCGUCGUCUCUGUACAUCGAUCUUUUAUCGUGAUUUUCAAAUCGGACUGGCUCCAUUUAAUCUCCGACCUAUCGCAAUCAUUUGCAGUUAUUUAUUUAUUUGCCGGCAGUUGAAUAUUAUGGAAUUUCACGUUUGGUGGAUGACGUGUUGGUAAUCUUGGCAUGUAAAAUAUUAUCUUUUUGAGCUACACUGUUGAACAACCUGGACAGAUAAAACCGAUUUGAUCGAGAGCCCCAGCAAUCACAAAAGGGAAAACUUAUAAAUCAUCUCAUAGAGGUUUCGCGGGUUGUUCGUCCUUUUUACUUGUAUCCUUCUGUAAUCAUCAAUGACUUCUGCAAAAAUAAUAAGACAAGUAAUACAAACCAUGUUUUUUU